CUAUGCCGACUUGACGGUCAAAAUGUUGUUGAGGUAGGUGGCUCGGUAGUUUUUGAGCGGCAGCCGGGAUCUGAGCAUGUGCUAUUACUGCUGCAGUGGAGUAAAAUGUCACUUAUCACCGGACAGCGGCUGGAGGAUACGGAGACCGACGCAAAUGCACACAUACGUGCAACCGGUGCAACGAUUCUCAGUGUAAUUAUUUUGUUUAAAAAGCAAAAUGAUGCACGGCUUGUCUACAUCUACGGCGGCGGAGGAGGAAUAACACGUACAUGAUAGCACAACAACCCAGCAGCAAAGCUUGGAAGUCCUGCACUCCCCGGACCCAAACAGACGGAGCUGAGUGUGCGUUGACUCUUCCAGACAGCAGUUUAACAACAUCACACAUCAAAAGAAAAGAAGGAAGAUGGUAACUAUGGCAACCACAUCGACACCCAAACCACUUACAGCCCUCUCCCGGUGGUACCUGUAUGCCAUCCACGGCUACUUUUGUGAAGUCAUGUUCACGGCCGCAUGGGAGUUUGUGGUCAACCGCAACUGGAAGUUUCCUGGCGUUACGAGCGUAUGGGCGCUCUUCAUCUAUGGAACGUGCAUCUUGAUCGUAGAGCGCAUGUACCUUUGUCUGCGGGGCCGCUGCAACGUCCUGCUCCGCUGCAUCAUUUACACAUUGUGGACUUACCUGUGGGAGUUUGGUACAGGUCUGCUGCUAAAGCAGUUUAAUGCCUGUCCCUGGGACUACUCUGAGUUUAAAUAUAAUUUCAUGGGCCUGAUCACAGCAGAGUACGCUGUGCCCUGGUUCUGCGCAUCCUUUAUCGUCGAGCGCCUGGUGAUACGCAACACGCUGCGGUUGCACUUCGACGAGGCUGCCGAACCCUGCCGGGCGGAAGAGCAAGGAAGGGGAAAAAGAGAAAGAGGAGCCAGAGCAGGAGCAACCAGCUCCAAUGGGUACGUAAAGAUGGAUUGAAGCCACAUUGUCCAGCCCCUUUGCACAUCAGAAAGAUAAGUCGUCUCUGACACUCUCCCAACACCCACAACUCUAUCCACACAUCUCUAUCUCUCGCCCACCUGCUUCCGGGGGGAGAGUCGUUUGGACACAGCUGGCAUAGAGACAAUUGGACUGUGAUAAUCUUUUGUACAGCCGGCUUACGUGGAGGAACAUUUGUUUGCCAGACUAGCGCCCCAACAUACACUGCCCUCGAUUUGGGCAUCGGCGAGUUCUCAUAAAGGUUUGUUGUUAGUGGGAGUGGCGUCCGGUGACAAACAAAUAACCCUCCACCUAUGCCUGUACCACACCGUCCCUACCAAACCAGUUCAUCCACUCCAGAAACUCUGGGAGGAGACAUAAACAAAAUGACUCGUGUUCCUUUGAGGCUAUGUCAUCUGAAUUACGUGAAGAAACAGGAACACAGACGACACUUGUAGAGGGAUGAAAAGAAAUAUAUCAAAUGCUUUUAAAAAGCAUGAAUAUACGAGCAGUGUCCAUGAUGUGCAUUUAGUAUCAAAAGCAAAUAAUUGUUAGGAUAAAAGCUUACCUUUCGAACGUUAGUUUGUGAUAUUUAUUAAUAUCUAUGUAGUUAAGGAGCGUUAUGAAAAUACUUCAAAUAUUGCAUUGUAUAUAUAUACAUAUGAAGAGUUUGGUUCCAAAAUGAGAACCAUCAUUCAAAAAUCAUGUUUUUUAUUAUGUUAUUGUGUUUUUAUUGUGUUUUAUUGUGUUAGUUGGCUGUAUGUUUUGAGUCAUUUAAAUCAAAACAAACCAACAGCAGUUUGAUUGAUAUUGAUUGGAAUGGACAAUAAAAAAACAUGAUUUUUGAAAAUCUCAUUUUGGAACCAAACUCGUCAUAUACACUGUAUACCCUAAAGCAAUGCCUUCUACUUGAAUUUAGUGUUUUUAUACCGUAAAAAAAAGUGCAUCAGUGCUUGAACAUGCAUGAAAGCCGUCUUCCGCAUUUUCAAAUACCGAGAUCUGUAAAAUUCGUUUCUUCCAUUUUUAAAAUUUUCUCAUGGGCAUUAUCACAUAAUGAAGGAGUACUGUAUUGCUUUUACAUAGAUUGCUUAAACAGUAUCACAUCAUUACACUGGAGAGGGUGUGUUAGGAUUAGAUGUGUAAAUGAAGUGAACUGGUCAUUUUGAGAUAUCUGAUGAUACUGUAACAAUACAGACAGGUUCACUGACCUCAGGAAUGUCUAUGUUAUUUAAUUCACUUCCACAUUACGUAUAUGUAUAGUCUCUCAUGUCGUGAAAAAAAUAGUAUGUCCAUAUUUGAAAAUGUCAAUAUUACCCUCAAUGACUUGAUAACAGCAUGGUAAUAGUUACAGACUUGCCAGAAAGCUUUGUUGAACAUCUGUAUUGGUUGAUGCUGCUGACCAAACAAAAAAAAACUGUAUUUAACCAUCUAAAUCACAUUUGUCUGAUCCAUUUCACACUACGUCCGAAUAAAGGAAUGA